UCCAGAGCAUUAUCCUUAAAUGACCCCCUUAAAAAACAACCUUGAUAUUAUUCGCAUUCGCAAACGGCAAACUUAAAAAUGGAGGUGAGUUUUUUCUGUGGACUGCUCGUCGUUACCAUGACGAUAGUUAGUUGUUCUGGUGACGGAGAAUGUGAGGAAAUCAUGGUCCCCCUGUGUCGUGGAUUGGUGGGCUACACCCACACUAGACUCCCCAACAGGUUCAACCACACAACACAGCGCCGUGUAUACAGGAUAAUAGAGCCAUACUGGCCUUUCAUAGACAAUGACUGCCACAAGAACUUCCGGCUCACUCUUUGCGGAGCUUUUCUGCCGAAAUGCACACCGGGAAAUUCCACGGUAGAACUUCCGUGCCGCGAGACCUGCUUCAGUGCCAAGCGAGCUUGUAGUCCGAAACUCAAACAGGGCGGAUUAAAAUGGCCGAACAAGUACCUCAAGUGUAAACGUUUUAGGCGGAAGAAACACGGAUCGUGCCGUAAGCCAGUCCGCAAACGAUUGACUCCGCAGCCUCUCCGUUAUGGUUUCUGUGAGCAGAAUACAUUUAGCGCAUGCGCAAACCUCUCCAUUCAGCUCCGGAGUUUGCCUAACAUGUUUCUCCAGAGUGAUGAGAGAAUAAUCCAGAUCGAAAUGGAUCAGUACGAGUUACUUCUACAAUCUCGUUGUCAUGACAACUUACCGUUUUUGCUAUGUGGCAUUUUCGCGCCAUUUUGUCCAACCGUUCAGCAACCUUACGUUCUACCUUGUCGUGAGACAUGUGACGAGGUGAAAUCGGCUUGUCAAGGUGCAUUCCGAAGGUUGUAUCGCGAUCUGCGGUGGCCAGCCAAAUUACAGUGCCAUCGGUAUCCCUCGGGAUCUUCCCAGUUCCCGUGUGCUACACCAAAUGAUGCCGUCUCCCUGGUGCAGAAUUAGUCUCGAAGUACGGCCUUGUCUCCUAUGGAGACUUAGAUUUGUAUGUAUAUAUAAACUGUGCGUUAUAUUACCUCGCAUAUGAUGCAUAUGCAAUGGAAUCCUCUGAAGAGAUUUGAUGAUUGGGGACAAUAAAAACGAAUGUAUCCAAGUUUUUUGUUCUGGGAAAAAUGGGAUAAUCAGCUCAGACGAUCGGGACUCGUGGAGAUUCGCACUACAGACGCUGACGUCAUAAACAAUAAAGUGUUCCACUUGGGUGAUCACCCUCAACUUCCUCAAACUAUUUACAUGUACAUUUAGACAAUAAUGUUAUCUAUUCAUUGUAAUAAAGGAUGACGUAUUUCUUC